GGCGGAAACGCGCGCAGGCGCAGCUGCGUCCUCUGGCUCCGGGUCCGGCUGGCUUCGCUCCAGAGAUUGCGCGGGCUCAGGGACUAGGCCCGUGGCCACACCCCCUUGCGACAAAGACCAAUGGAAGCGGGCGUUGCUGGUCGCUAAGGAAACCCCCGGCGGCAAGAUGGCGGCGGUUGGCGAGGGCACCCCGAGCUCCCGCGGGCCGCGCCGGGACCCGCCGAGGAGGCCGCCCCGGGACGGUUAUGGUGUCUACGUAUACCCAAAUUCUUUCUUUCGAUAUGAAGGAGAAUGGAAAGGAGGGAGGAAGCACGGUCACGGGAAGUUGUUAUUUAAAGAUGGCAGUUAUUACGAAGGGGCAUUUGUGGACGGAGAGAUCACAGGAGAAGGCCGCCGGCACUGGGCCUGGUCAGGGGACACCUUCUCUGGACAGUUUGUUCUGGGAGAGCCUCAAGGAUGCGGCGUCAUGGAGUACAAAGCCGGCGGAUGUUACGAAGGGGAGGUCUCCCAUGGCUUGCGGGAAGGACACGGGUUUCUGGUGGACCGGGACAGACAAGUGUACCAGGGCUCCUUCCAUGACAACAAGAGGCACGGCCCUGGGCAGAUGCUCUUUAAGAACGGUGACAAGUACGAUGGCGACUGGGUCCGGGACCAGCGUCAGGGACACGGGGUGCUGCGCUGCGCCGACGGCUCCACCUACGAGGGACAGUGGCACAGCGACGUCUUCAGUGGACUGGGCAGCAUGGCCCACUGCUCAGGGGUCACCUAUGAUGGGUUGUGGAUCAACGGCCACCCAGCAGAACAAGCCACGAGGAUCGCGAUCUUGGGUCCAGAGGUGAUGGAAGUGGCCCAAGGGUCUCCCUUCUCGGUGAACGUUCAGCUGCUGCAGGACCACGGGGAAAUUGCCAAGACCGAGAGUGGCCGGGUCCUGCAGAUCUCAGCGGGCGUCAGAUACGUGCAGCUGUCGGCCUAUUCUGAGGUCAGCUUUUUCAAAGUGGACAGAGACAACCAAGAGACACUCAUCCAGACCCCAUUCGGGUUCGAAUGCAUCCCGUAUCCUGUGUCCAGCCCCGCAGCUGGGGUGCCGGGGCCCAGAGCCGCCAAGAGAGGUGCAGAAGCCGACGUGCCCCUGCCCAGGAGAGACUUGGAGCUGGAUUUGGGUGCCCUCCGUGGCCAGGAGGACACCCCCGGUGGCCUGCUUGGGAGCUCAUUCUUCUAGGAUCAGAUGAGGCUCCAUCAAACAGCAGCUGUGAGCCGAGCAGCAAGCCCGGCGUCAUUCUUCAUAUAAAAGAGCAUGCAGGCAUCCCAGGUGGGACAGCAGGGCCCAGCGCCUCCACAGGAGGCCAAGGCGGCCAAGCCUCAGGCCAGCAGGGCCACGGGGGGUCCAGCCCGCGCCCCCUCGUCUGCCUCCACCUCAGUUUAUAGAAGCAGUUUUAUGCCGCAUAGGUGAAAUAGUUCUCAUAUUUCUGCAUAAAAAUACUUACUG